AUGCAUUAUCUUAAACACAUACACGCUACAUGGACACAGAGUCUAGGGUUGGAUCUUGCAUAUCAGUGUGGCGAUGAUGAGGUGUUGGCUUGGAUUAGUAAUGUGAAGGUUGGCAGUCCAGCAUCAUGUGGCAAUCACAUCAAGGCCAGUUGCGCAUUUGCUGUCUUUAACUCAGACCAGGCAGGAGGAGGUGCGCUUGGAGUUGCAUCUCUAAAAAGGGCAGAGAAGCAGGAAAUCUCCCAUUUACAGUGUCAUGCUGCCUUGGUGACAGACUUUGACUUCUCCCCUUUUGAUGACUUUCUCCUGGCUACGUCAUCAUCUGAUGAAACUGUGAAGGUGUGGCGACUGUCUGAAGCAGGUGACCACUUGCCUUCUUCUCCUGGAGUGACCUUUUGCCCUGGCGGGGGACAAGUCGAGACUCUUCUUUUCCACCCGUCUUCUGAUGGGGUUCUGGCUGCUGCUGUCAACAAGUCUGCCAGCAUCUGGGAUGUGGCUCAGUCGCACCUCCUUGCAGAUCUUGACGAUCAUGACGAUCAAAUUCAGUGCCUCGCAUGGAAAAGAGACGGUUCCCUCUUGGCCACAUCAUGUAAGGACAAGAAACUUCGUCUGUUUGACCCUCGGGCACAGCUGACAGCAGUGCAGAAUGCCCAGAGCCACCAGAACAACAAGGACUCAAGGGUGGUCUGGAUUGGAGAUUCAGACAAUGUCCUGUCCACUGGGUUCAAUCGGAUGCGUGAGAGAGAGGUGAAGGUCUGGGAUACCCGAAAAAUGGGCUCCUCUCUUGGCAGCGUGUCACUCGAUUCAUCUGCUGGGACUCUAAUCCCGCUCUUUGACAACGAUUCAAACCUCCUGGUUCUCGCUGGCAAGGGAGACAGCGUCCUGCACUGCUUUGAGGUCACCGCCGUCCAGCCCUUCCUGUCACAAGUGAACCAGUGUCUGACAGAGAGUGCCACUCGAGGGGCAGCCAUGCUGCCCAAGCUGGCUUUGGAUGUCAUGUCCUGUGAGGUGGUGCGAGUCCUCCAGCUAACAGACGGCUUUGUAGUGCCCAUCAGCUACAGUGUGCCACGCAAGUCUGGCCAGGAGUUCCAUGCUGACUUGUACCCAGACACUCCUGGGCACAUCCCAUCCAUGCGUGUGGAGGACUGGUGGACCGGAGAAAACAAGCAGAUAGAAAGAGUCAGUCUUGAUCCAGCAAAGGGUCGCAUCAAGAGCUUUACAUCCUCAGUGAUACCCACUCAAGAGACCAGAAGCUCUCAUCCUGAGACAAGAAGCCACUUGAUGAAGAUGGAGCCUGCAGAGGACAAGGAAAGAGAGAAGAUCUCAAGUGGCCGCUCCUCAUCCAGCAGCUCCUUGACAAGCCCCACGACCCCAUCCAGCCUGGUGCAGUCAGCUUCAACCACCAGUGGACUGUCUAGUGGAUUUGUUACAAGCCCCAGCCAGCGCUCAUUUCAGAGCAUCUUGGGUUCAAGCUCCAAAUUCCGUCACAACCAGGGCCUUGUUCUUCAUCGUGACUCCCAUAUUACAAACCUGAAGGGACUGAAUCUUACCACGCCUGGGGAGUGUGAUGGACUGUGUGUCAACCGGGAGCGGGUUGCAGUGCCCCUGGCCGGUUCAGGCGGCCAGAUUGCCAUUCUUGAGCUUUCUAAGCCUGGACGACUUCCAGACACCGCGAUUCCCACAAUCCAGAACGGGGUAGCAGUGGCCGAUUUCUCCUGGGACCCUUUCAAUGCUCAUCGCCUGGCUGUAGCUGGGGAAGACGCCAAAAUCCGAGUGUGGAUCGUUCCAAAAGGAGGCCUGACGGAAACCAUCUCUGAGGCAUCGUGUGUCCUUCAAGGACACACUGAGAAGAUUUACUCCAUCAAAUUUCAUCCGCUUGCUGAUGGUAUUCUGGCGUCCUCUUCAUAUGACCUGACGGUGCGCAUCUGGGACAUUGGAACUGGCAGAGAGGUUAAACUUCUUCGAGGGCACAAGGAGCAGAUCUUCAGCCUGGCUUGGAGUCCUGAUGGUCAACACCUCGCCACAGUCAGCAAGGAUGGCAAAGUGAGGAUAUUCGACCCGCGCAAGUCAGUGGAGGCCAUUGAGGAAGGCCCUGGUCCUGUAGGUCCUCGAGGGGCCCGAGUGGUGUGGGUUUGUGCAGCCAAAUAUCUACUGGUGUCGGGCUUUGACAGUCGGAGUGAAAGGCAAAUCUCCCUGUACCAGGUUGGCACUUUGUCAUCUGGACCGCUGGUGGCCCUCAGUAUCGACGCCUCUCCCUCCACGCUGAUUCCCUUCUACGAUGAAGAUACCAGUGUCGUCUUUCUAACUGGAAAGGGAGACACCAGGACGUACGUAUAUGAGGUCAUCGUGGAGGCUCCUUAUUUCUUGGAAUGCAGCAGCUUCAGCUCAAGUGAUCCCCAUAAGGGUUUUGCGUUCCUGCCAAAGAUUGAAUGCAAUGUACAAGAAGUGGAGUUUGCUAAAGCUCUGCGCCUGAGUCAGAACUCCAUUGAGCCUGUGGUCUUCAAAGUACCCCGGGUUAAGAAAGAGUUCUUUCAGGAUGACAUUUUCCCCGAGACGUCUGUAUGGUGGCAGGCCUGCCUCUCUGGCUCCGCAUGGCUGGCUGGCUCCAAUGGAGAGCACCGUAAAAUGAGCCUGCAGCCUAAAAACAUGACUCCAGUGAGUCAAGCUCCGAAAGAGAUCCCCGUGAGGAAGUACGCGCCCUCCUCUGUAUACCUGGAAGAGAAGUCCGAUGAGCAGAAGAAAGAGGAGCUUCUGAGUGCAAUGGUGGGUAAGCUGGGCAACCGGGAUGACCCUUUGCCGCAGGACUCCUUUGAAGGUGUGGAUGACGAUGAAUGGGAUGACUAGCAGUGACGUCAGUGCAGCCACAACCAUCUCAUCUCAUGUCCUCCUCCUCCUCCUCCUCCUCCUCUUUCUCAUCCCCAUAUGAGUCAGACGGCCUGCUGACGUGGAUCAGACCAGCUUGUGUGCUCCACUGCUGCUUCUUGACCCUUCUGUAUUGCUGGCUAACAAAAAAUAUAACUGGAAAAAAAAAGGGAAUAAAUCUGCCAUGUUGGGAAAACUGGAAUCUUGGAUGCUGCCAAUUUUAUAUUCCAUUUUAGGAUGUGCUCUCUAGUGACCGGCCUGAGAAACUGGUUCUGAGCCCACAGUCUUUGACCCUGAGCAGACCUCCUGACCA